GUGCAUUCUGGGUUAGUUGAACUGGAGGCCCAAUCCGUGGGUUGUUCUGUAGUUUGUCUUCCUCAAUUGCUGUGUAGAUCUUGGUUUGAGUUGUACAAGAGGGUCAAGCUUGGAGGUUUGGUCUUUUUGUACAUUGAUAUACUGUUAGUUUGAGCUAAAUGUUGCGAAUAUAUGUGAUUUUGUAACGAUUACUUACAGUGGACGAGUUUGUGCUUCUGGCUUGCUUGGUUUAGGGUACGUUCAUUCGGUGGAUGUGUGUCGGUAUUGAACAUCAGGUGUAAAACAAUCUACAGUGCUUUGGUAGCCGGUUUGUACGUUGUGCAGUGAAUCACAGCUGCCUAUCGAGUCACUGUCCUAGGCUCUGUUCGCCGUUUAAUGGUCACUACGCAAUCUUAGACAAGUCCCUCAGUGAUCCAUAAAACUGGUACACUUUCGUAUCUUGGGUAUGUCCCUGCUUCCUCUCCACCUGAAUGUGGGUGUUUUUGGUUUGCAGAGAUUGGAUGUGUUAUAAUCGAAGUAUUCUGGAAAACCUGGAAUUGGCUGAACUCAAGAUUGUUGUGAUCGACCAUGGUGUUCCCCGUACAGGAAAUAUGUCGCAACCUCGUACUUAGAAUUUGUAACAAUGUUUGAAGGAGGGAACAGGGUGUGUUUGCCAGGCACUCUCUCCGGGCUUUGCUUUGGCGCCAAGCUUAAGCUGUGUCUCAGAUAUGCUCCACCAACACUUUGUUUGUUCUGAGAUGGGCUUUGUGUAAUACUUAGCAACACUCCUAACUGAUAUCACUGGGCUUGUGAAGUGCGACUGGCACAUUCUGCAGUCUGUUGCGUUUCACCAAUAUACUAGGAGCUCCUCUGUGCUGUUUGUUUGAAAACCUUGUCUGCCCUAGUCUUCCCCUUCAAAUUGGAUUUUACAUUCGCGUUUUGUAUACAAAGCAUCCAUAUGGCUUUAAAUGUUUGGGAGCUCAUAUUGAGAGCUUUGACUUAAUUGAAUGUCCGAUCAGCAAUUUCUGUUUGAAGUCGGUUCGAGAUUAUUUGGUGCCUACUUUCUAUUACCGGACAUUGCGCUACAGACAGCUGUUUUCGAAUUCGAGUGCCGCCGAUUGCUUCGAUUUCACUGAGCGUGGGGACCAAUUUAUAUUACUACAUGUUAGACCAGCGGGUGCAGUUGAAACAUGGGAUGCUUUGAGUUUUUACCCAAACGGCCCGAAUAUGAAGGGAAAACCAAAGACAAGAGCAUUCCCCCUUCUUCUGGAGAGAGUAGUGCAACAACGGCUGUAAACUCAGGAAGCUAUGUUCCAUCCGAGUCAAGCAUCAAGGGUGAUGUCGAUGCCUUUGUAUCAUCUGAGUUUCCUGGCAGGGAUCCUCCGAGUAAACACCUGUCUCACAGUGGAUCACUUCUGAAACCGAACGAUCUCAAGAAUUUCGCAUUUCAUGAGCUCAGAUAUGCAACGAAGAACUUUGACAGGAAAUAUCUCUUGGGCGAGGGUGGAUUUGGUCAAGUGUUCAGGGGAUCAAUUAAGCAUAAGCAAAAGUUUGGCGGAGGAGAUGAGAAAAUAGAUGUCGCCGUGAAGCAGCUAAAUUCCCGGGGCCAACAGGGCCAUAAGGAGUGGCUGGCGGAGGUGCAUUUUUUGGGGCUGGUGGAUUCGCCACAUUUAGUGAAGCUCAUUGGUUACUGUGCAAAUGAUGACGAUGAGAGAGGAAUACAAAGGUUGUUGGUGUAUGAGUACAUGCAAAACAAGGGUCUUGAUGAUCACCUGUUUCGACCAGGACCAGUUCCCCUCUCAUGGCCGACGAGGGUGAAGAUUAUCCUAGGGGCAGCGCGUGGUCUUUCCUACUUGCAUGAAGAGUUGGAAUUUCAAGUCAUUUUUCGUGACUUCAAGACUUCAAAUGUAUUACUUGACGAAGACUUUAACCCGAAGCUGUCGGAUUUUGGGCUUGCUAGACUAGGUCCUCAAGAUGGCGACAGUUAUGUCUCCACUGCGGUGGUUGGCACCGCAGGGUAUGCUGCACCCGAGUAUGUUCAGACCGGUCACCUCACUGUGAAGAGCGACGUGUGGAGCUUCGGUAUUGUCAUGCUGGAAGUGCUCACUGGAAGGAGGGUCAUGGAUAAAAACCGGCCAAGGAAUGAACAGGUAUUAAUAGAAUGGGCAAAACCCUAUAUCAGUGAUCAUCACAAAAUCUUCCAAAUAGUUGACCCUUUACUGAACGGCAGGUAUCCAGUUAAAGUAGCGCAGAGAUUUGCGCAGCUGGCAUAUCAGUGCUUGAGCAAGAUUCCGAAAAAUAGACCUAGAAUGAGCGACAUAGUGGAAAGGCUGAAGAUCGUACAGGAAAGAACCUUUCAGUGGGAGUCUCCGUCAAAGACUCCAUCGCAGAAGGACAGAGCGUCUAUGGGUUCUCGUACUGUUAGCUCGGUACAAGAGCUUUCUAGGCCUUCAGUAGGAAGCCCUCGGGGUCUCCCACUUGGCUCGCUGUCGGCUAUUCAAAGCGGCAAAGUGUCCAAGUUAAGCCCAAAAGUGUCGGACAAUGCAGAUGUCUCUAAGCAAAUGCCGAACUUGAGCUUGGAAGGUUUCAGACAUUCACCCAAACAUAUGAACACAUCAGGGUCGGAUACAAAGUCUGAAGAUGCAUCGGCAGAUAAUCCAAAGCUGGUGAACAUAAGAGUUGAGAAACAAAGCCUCGAGAAAGGAGGGAAUCUAAAGCAUAUGGGUGCAGCAAAGGAGGAGCCAAAACUCAUGGACGCAACCAUGGAGGAGUCAAAGUCGGUGCAGAGUGUUGUUGAGAAACCAAAGCUUCUGGUGGUAAAAGAGGAGGAGCCGAAGCUUGUGGAGGAUGCUACUGAGAAACCCAAACCUGUAGUCACGUCGGGGGAAGAUCCAUCAGCUACAGCAGAAGUUGCUAAGCAAAGAUCUCGGAUUAGCUUUGACAGGUUUUCAAGAACGAGCCGAGAGAGUGGCCGGUUUAACUGGAUUGCGAGACUUUCCUUCUCCCACAAUUAAUGCUGUAACCAUGUGUAGCUGGGACGUUAAGUGCACUGAAUCUGACAAAUGAUUUACGUAACUUCGUAACCGUAUUUUGGUUAUUGAGAAUGUAAGAAAAAUAUAUUUUGACAUGUAGCAGGGGGUUCCUUCAAAACAUUUGGUCAUUCAGCUGCUUAGUGCACUGUCUUAGAACCUAGUGCAGUUUCAGUGUAGCAACCAUAAGCAACCUGCCUGAUUUUUCUACCUUGACUUUCUAGGGGGUAACCCAUGUCGAGAAACAGCCCAUGUAUAUGAGAAAUAUCUCCAAUACACCCUGCUGGCGGGGACACUGGUGUGCACCUGAUUGGGGUUGAAAUCCUGUCUUUGGUAAAAAGGCAGUAGUGGUGUAGCAGUGAUCGACGUUGAACCACGCGCUCUUGACCAUGCUAUCAUUCACAUGGCAAAAUCUCUUGUAUUUCAAAGCGUUAUUUAGACGAAUUGGAUUGGGGAUGUAACACUCAUUACAGUUGGGAGUGCGGGGAGGUGGGUUACGUUUGAGAUUGGGGUAGAUUACAGAAGUUUUUGCUCGCUUUACAGAGGAGCAGGAAGGUCUCCGCAGCUGUUUGUUGCCAAAGACGUCAUCGAUACAAGUCCUUGACGGGUGCUAUUAUGAGGUGCAUGCGCACGAGACCCGUUGUGGAACAUAGCAAUAAGUAAAAAAAUGUUAUUGAUGGAAA